AUGAGCAAAAAGUCAGUUGGAAAUAUACUUACCAAAGGAAAUGAUUUUGGAUAGACAGGUCAAAGUUUUGCAGGAUCUUAAAAUCCCAUUGAAGAGUAAAUUAAUGAGUUAGGAAGAAAUGAAACUGAUUAUAUAUUUUCUUACAGGAAACAAUUAAAGGCACUUAGAAUGAGUUGA